UGAUGUUUUCUCCAUGAUAUCAAUCCCAGCUAACCAUCCCAACUAACCUGGCCGGCCAUGUCUGAUCUUCCAAGUAAUAUUGGAGCGUGGCAACGGUCCUAUGCCGAAAUCGAUAAUAAGGAUUUUGGAAGUGCGAACUUCGCGAGUGGGAGCAAAUUUAAAUUCGAAAACGCUAUUCUCCUGCGGGUCCUCUACAGCAAGGCCCUAGUGUGCCCCGAGUCUCUAAAGGAAUGGAUCAAUGAUAGGCAAAUGUUUCCAGCAGCGCGUCAGUCACAAGCCGAGGCAGCAGUUAUGGGUCAACACUAUGAGCCACUACUUCGAAUAGUAAAGAAGCCUUCCAAAAAUUGGACUCUAGACGAUUUCAUCAAUUCAGGAUCCUUCGGACCAUUUUUGUCACUUUUGGCACUCAUUGAACGGAAUAAUACAGACGAAGAAGAAGAAUCUGCAGUGAGAUAUGUCACCACUCCUGUUGUUGCACGAACUCGACUUCAACAACCGCGAAGAGACCCCUUCGUGAUACCAAUCAAGAAAUCAACUGGACAAUUAGACUUUGCUGGUACAUUGGCCGGUGAGAUGGACUUGGGUAUGCCCAGUACUACCGAAUCAGCUGAGCUACCAUUAUCCGCUGAAGAAUCUGUCUCAAGAUACGAAAGAGCUAGAAUAAAGGUGCAGGAUGAACAAACAGUCAAUCAGUGUCUUAUCAACUUGCUGUUGCCUAUCUCUUGGCCCCUUGGAAUAUCUGGCAAUGUCGACCCACAGCGAAAGGCUUACAUAUUUGUCCUACAGGACACCAAAGCCUACGAAGCUCGGGUUGAUGGUGUAAUUACACAUCCCAACAACAAAAACGAUAUCCUGGGUUUCUUGGAAGUCAAACGUGGUCACCGAACAAACGAAGUUCGCAUACAAGAGGUGGCUCAAAUGGUAGCAUUCAUGUAUUCGAAGAACAAAGAUCCACUUCGUAUAGAUGAUAAUGCUUCGGCUUUGCAACGGUACGUUAUCUUCGUUCGUUACUUGUUUAACUUGCUAAUAUACUCUAUAGCUCGUGGCUCAUAUCGAUGUGUGCCAACGAGCUAUUUAUCACAAUAGCAAGCUGUAAUCGACCAUGGAUGGAAUUCCUAGGAACAGGAGAAGGAUUGCAGGAAGGCAUGCCGGAAUUGAAGCCAGAAAAUUUUCUUCAUAUGAAAGAGUAUGGUCCAUACCUUUUAAGCAAUUAUCAUGGUUUGCUUGCAGCGUUGAAGCAUCUACACAUAUUACUCCACCCAAUUUCAUAACGUGUAUCCGAAAAAACAAUUUUCAUAUUCAAUGAAGAAUUAGCCAUUAUACAUAGCGAUACCUCAAAAUGACCGAUAAAUCUU